AUGUUCAGAAUUAGAGUUUUUAACUCUGAACAUACAUGUCCUUUAAAGGAUGGGGUGCAUUCAGAUUGUCGUGCAACAAGUGGAUUGAUUGGAGGAAUAAUCGCACCUAGAUUGAGAAAUCACAAGAGGAAGUACACUCCAAAUGAUAUCAGGGAUGACGUUAGAUUGGACUUGGGUAUUGAUAUUAACUACAUGUUGGCAUGGCGAGCAAAAAAGAAGGCAUUAGAAUCGAUAAUGGGGCAACCAAUUGCGUCUUAUGGGAAGCUACCUGGAUACUUGUAUACCUUGGAUAAGACAUACCCUGGUUCACAUAUUCGAAUGAAGAAAAUACCUGAGAACGAAUUUUUGUAUGUGUUUAUAGCGUUGCAUGCUUUUAUAAAGGGAUUUGAUCAUUGUAGGCCGAUUGUUGUUGUAGACGCUAGCCACCUUAAAUCAACAUAUACUGGAGCAUUCGUAUCAGCCAACACUUUGGAUGGAGCAGGGAAUAUAUUACCUUUGGCAUACGAAGUUAUUGAUUCAGAAAAUGAUGCUUCUUGGACAUGGUUCUUUGAACAAUUCAAAGAAGCUUAUGGUGAAAGAGAGAAUAUGUGUAUGGUAUCUGACCGACAUAAUAGCAUAAUAAAGGCUGUAUCUAUUGUAUACAACAAUAUCCAACAUUACGCCUGCAUAUGGCACUUGUGGGCUAAUGUAUGCAAGAAUUUUCGAAAAGCAAAUGAGCAAUUAAGUGAAGUAUUCUACACUAUGGCAAAAGCGUAUACUCAAACUGAUUUUGAUAAGCUAAUGAAAAAAGUUGAGCAGUUUGAUGUAAGGGCGAAGAACUACUUGGAGUUGGUUGGAUAUGAGAAGUGGGCAAGGUUGUAUGCACCAGUUCCUCGUGGUUGGGUGAUGACGUCGAAUAUUGUAGAGUGCAUCAAUUCAACAUUGGUAGCAGCAAGAGAAUUACCAAUAUUUGACUUUCUUGAACAAGUGCGCUUGAUGUUUGCUAGAUGGAAUUGCACAAAUCGAAAAAAUGCAUCAUGUACUUUCACACUACUUGGGAAGAAGUUGUCACACCCCUUUUGCGCGCCAGGCUGGAGGAAGGGUUUUUCCGAUUUUAAGUGA